CGCUCUUCAAAUACUGAACAACUAAUCCUAGUUCCACUCUCUCCCACCCAGAUCUAUAUAUCUCUGAUUGCACCACAACUUCUCUUUUGUUCUGGCGGUUAAUUUCCUUCGAUUCUUACCGGAGUCGAGAGUUAUAAAUGGAGUAUCCGAAUCGGAAGAUUUGGAUAGUGCAGUGUUUGUUGCUAUUUUCCGCCGCCUGCUUCAUUUCUCAGCUCAACGCUUCCGAUGAUGUGAUUUUCUACGAGUCGUUUGACGAGGAUUUUGAGGGGAGGUGGAUCGCGUCUGAGAAUCCGGACUACACAGGUGUUUGGAAACAUGUGAAGAGCGAGGGACAUGAUGAUCAUGGGCUUCUUGUUGGGGAGAAAGCCAGGAAGCAUGCCAUUGUGAAGCCACUUGAUGACCCUGUUGUCCUCAAGGAUAAAACUGUUGUUCUUCAGUUUGAAGUUCGCCUCCAGAAUGGCCUUGAGUGUGGUGGUGCUUAUAUCAAGUACCUCCGCCCACAAGAUGCAGGAUGGGUUCCGAAGGGAUUUGAUAAUGAGUCUCCGUACACGAUAAUGUUUGGCCCUGAUAGAUGUGGUGCCACAAACAAGGUUCACUUCAUCCUGAAGCACAAAAACCCCAAGAGUGGCAACUUCGUUGAGCAUCAUCUCAAGUUUCCACCAUCAGUACCUUCUGACAAGCUGACCCAUGUUUACACCGCCAUCUUGACACCCGAUAAUGAGGUCAGGAUCUUGGUUGAUGGGGAAGAGAAGAAGAAGGGCAACUUCCUCUCAGGUGAUGACUUUGAUCCUCCUCUGAUCCCUUCCAAGACUAUCCCUGAUCCGGAUGAUAAGAAGCCUGAGGAUUGGGACGAGAGAGCAAAGAUCCCCGACCCAGUGGCCACCAAACCAGAAGAUUGGGAUGAGGAUGCUCCAUUGGAAAUUGAGGAUGAAGAGGCUGAGAAGCCUGAAGGUUGGUUGGAUGAUGAGCCUGAGGAGGUUGAUGAUCCUGAGGCAGCCAAACCAGAGGAUUGGGAUGAUGAAGAAGAUGGUGAAUGGGAGGCGCCCAAAGUUGAUAACCCCAAGUGUGCAGAAGCUCCUGGAUGCGGUGAGUGGAAGAGACCAAUGAAGAGGAACCCUGCUUACAAAGGAAAAUGGCACGCCCCACUCAUUGACAACCCCAACUACAAGGGUAUCUGGAAGCCACAGGAGAUUGAUAACCCUGAGUACUUUGAGCUUGAAAAGCCCAACUUUGAGCCCAUUGCUGCUAUUGGUAUUGAGAUCUGGACAAUGCAAGAUGGUAUUCUGUUUGACAACAUUUUGAUCUCUUCCAGUGAGAAAGAGGCAGAGACAUACCGUGAGACAACAUGGAAGCCAAAAUUCAGUGUAGAGAAGGAGAAACAAAAGGAGGAGGAAUCUACCGAGUCUGAUGGCCUUAAGGGCUUCCAGAAAAAGGUGUUUGAUAACCUAUACAAGAUUGCUGACCUUCCGUUCUUGGGCGAGCACAAAGUUAAGGUCUUGGACUUACUUGAGAAGGCUGAGAAACAAGCAAAUCUCACAAUUGGUAUCCUUGCCUCCGUUAUUGUUGUUAUUCUCUCUAUUUUGUUGAAGCUGAUCUUCGGAGGAAAGAAGCCUGCUAACGUGGUAGCAGAAACAAAGAAAACUGAUGUCGCUGAGAGUUCAGAUGAUCAGGGAAGCUCUGAGACAAAAGAUGAGAAGAAUGAUGAUGGUGCUGCUGCUGCUCCUCGCCGCAGGACUCAAAGGCGUGAUGACUGAGGAAGGCCGAAGGGGGAACACGAGGUAGAGUUGCAAAGAUGCUCUGGCAGCAAUGUUUGAGCACUUAGUAGUGUAGGUUUUUUGGAACUUGGUUUAACAAUGUUCAAAAUUUUCAUUUGCAGUUUUUUCUGUCGAUUUGGGUUUUGUAUUACUGGACCAUUGAUUGAGAUAUGGUAUUAUCCUCUCUCUAUACAUUGAAAUAUUGAAUAGUCGUGGCUUUGAACUAAGGAAAUUUUUAGUUUCCUAGUUUGCUUUUA